GUGGGGCUAUGGGGGAUACAUGGGAAAGGGGGGACGCCACACGGACUCUGGCGAGGGAACACGUGUGCAUGCAACAUGCACACAUUCUGGCUCCGCCUACGAGAACCGCCGGGUGGUACCUCCGCGUUCGACAGUCAGAGACCAUCUACCACCUACGGACAAUCACAACAUCCAUGGCCAAGAGAAACAUUUCUCCUGGGACGGGACUCGAACCCGCACAGCGCACGGCGGCUGAUCAGGACACCGAAGGGUCUACUAGUCCCAUAUAUUAAAGAGUGGAAUUUUUCCUGAUGUUUGGAAGAUAGCUAAUGUGUGUCCGGUCCUGAAAGAUGGUGAUAAAUCUGAUGUACUCAACU